UUGUUUUGUAUUAGUUUGGCAUUUUGUCCACUGGCAUUUUGUCAAGAUUUGUAUUAUCUAUGGUUGAAUAAUUGGCUUCCAUAUUGCUGUAACAGCAGUUAAUGUGUUGAAGGUGUUGCCAUUACUGAUACAUAAUACGGUGUUCCUUAACCCAUUUUCAUCCCAUACGCUUCUUGUUUCAAAUGACUGGCAUGUCAAAUUGCUUGUGAUGCUGAAGCUUAGACAAAGAUGGUGAUAUCUUUUCUUUAACUCCUUUCAUUUUUUUUUUUUUUUCUGUGUUGUUUUUGGGGUUUUUUUUUUUACUUGUUGAAAUUUAUGUGUCACUGUUGGAGAAAUACGAUACGGCUACUUGUUAAAUGCAUGCUUUGAAUUAUCUUUUGUGAAACGUGCUUCCUUUUGAAGAAGUCCAGUCAAGUAAUGUUUUCAAGAAAAAAUAUAAAAGCUGCUUCUGAAGUUACAGUAGAAAGUCCCAAGGAGAACAUCAAUGUUCAGCUACAACAGGUGACAUUCCACAUUGACGGCGAUGAGAAUCCAGGCUUUGUCAGCGAUGUCGGCAUCAGCCCCGCUACUACCUCUGGCAGCAUACAUCUGAUGCCAGAGCCCCAUUCUAAUAGUACUCCUGCGAAAGAUCGCCACGCUAGCUUUAAUGAAAGUAUAAGCAGCAGUAGGAAGAAUGGAGGAACGAAAAAGAAAUUGUCGGUGAAGACAGCAAGUACAUCCACGCUAGAAAACUUGACCUUCGAUGAUUCUUUCAUUGAUGAAAAUGGUUUGACGUUGAUCUACUCACGACAUGAGAAACUUCCUCUUAAAGACUUCAGCAAUGAAGUUCGGGCCAUUAUGGACGUUCAGUCGUUCAUCAAGAAAACAGCAUUGUUGCUACAUAUGGAAAAGACCAACUUGGAUGAGAUUAUUGAGGAAAUUAUUGAAAAGAUGCUCGGCCAUUUGGAUAACCCGACCUGCCUGGACCAGGCCAAAGCAGCACUUUUCACACAUGACUAUGUUCACCAAUUAAGUCGCACAUUGCAGUGUUCCAGCAUUGAUCCCGAAGGAGGGGGCUUUGUUUAUGACCAGAACUUUGUGUGUGCUCUAUCCAGUAUUCCAUCCAUUCAGACCCGCUAUGUUGGACUUGCACGUAUGAGGACACCAGCGAAUUUGGGUCAGACCUGUCAAGAAGUUUAUUUUAUUGUUGUCAUCCUCACACCAACGAAAGAGAAAGGAACAAAGAAUGAACUUGAGACUGGCCGAACAUUUGCAACGAUGUUGUCCGAUCUAGAUUUCCGACAAGCACUUUUGGAUGCUCGCAACGAAGAGGAAUUUCUGAAAGAAGUGGAGAAACAGAUGUUUAUUCUGUCAAAGCGGCAGCGGAAUUCCGAUUUCCCACUGACUGAAGAAAAGAAUCCAUCAAAUGAAGUCACUUGUGGUGUCUUUAAAGGACUACGUGGCGACCUCCGGAGACGCCUUCCCAACUACAAGUCUGACUUCAUGGACGGGAUUGCCGACAAAAAGAGUAUCCAGAAGGUGGCAUCGACCACAUUGUUUCUUUACUUUGCAUGUAUUCUGCCAUCUAUUGCAUUUGGAGUGCUCAAUGCUUUCAAUACUAAUGGCAUACUGACUGUUGAAAAGGUUCUGUAUACACAAACAUUUGGCGGUCUGAUGUUUGCCUUUUUUGGUGGAACCCCUCAGAUAGUGUUACUCACCACUGCACCUCUUGCACUGUACACAAAAAUUAUUUACAGCCUUUCUGAAGACUUUGAUCUGAAUUUCCAGUCUAUGUUCUGCUGUGUUGGACUCUGGAACUCCUUCUUCCUAAUUUUGUAUUCAGUAUUUGAUCUCAGCAUUCUUAUGCAGUUUUCAACAAGGUCAUCUGAAGAAAUAUUUGCUUUAUUUAUCUCCAUUGCCUUUGCUCAAGAUGCAUUCAAAAAUACUGUUGAAAAUUUUAAGGAAAACUAUAAUGUUGACGCGUGUAAACCUUCUCCUAGCUUGUCGUUUUGGAACAUAUCAAAAUUGCCUGACAACAUGACCACCACCACCAUGUCAACAACCAUAUCCACAAUGGGGUCUACAUUAUUUAACAACGUCACAGGGUCGACACUAUUUAACAACGUCACAGAAGAGGUCAUGGAGUGUCACCGAGACGUUAGUCUACUGUAUCUGCUGCUCUUGCUCGGAACCUUAUGGCUUGGAGUCACACUCUACAAUUUCACAAAGACGCCAUAUCUCACUGCUGGAAAGAGAGAACUGUUUUCUGAUUAUUCGUUGCCAGUAUCUGUUAUAAUCAUGAGCUUCAUUGGUGCAUAUGUCUUUCGUGAAGUGAAAAUGGGUAAGAGUUUUAACUCUGACAGAGAUCCAAACCUGUUCCAGCUGAUCACAAUGCAGGAUCUUUCCAUCGGGGCAAUAUUCGCAGCUAUGGGCCUGGGAUUCUGUUUGUCUUUGUUGUUCUUCAUGGACCAGAACAUAUCGGCUGCACUUGUGAAUGCUCCUCAGAACAGAAUGAAGAAAGGCACUGCAUACCACUGGGACCUGCUGGUAAUUUCCAUUGUGAAUGCCGGCCUGUCACUAAUCUGCUUCCCUUGGUUACAUGCAGCCCUUCCACAUUCUCCACUCCACGUACGUGCUCUGGCCGACAUGGAGGAACGCGUAGAACAGGGACACAUUCAUCAAAUAGUUGUAAGAGUGAGAGAAACACGACUGACAGCGAUUUUCUCUCACAUCUUGAUCGGUCUGAGUUUACUGAUCAUGCCGGUGUUGUCGUACAUUCCGACCCCAGUUCUGUAUGGUCUCUUCCUGUACCUGGCAGUCACAGCUCUCAAGGAUAAUCAGAUGGCAGAACGAAUUGCUUUGUUUUUUACUGAACAGGCUGCCUAUCCACCAAACCACUACAUCCGCCGAGUGCCUCAACGGAAGAUGCACCUGUUCACACUGGUGCAGAUCAUACAGCUGGGAGUCCUCUGUAUUGUGGGCUUCUUCCCUUUCAACUACCUAAAGAUGUUCUUCCCAGUCUUAAUAUUCGUUCUCAUUCCCUUCAGGCAUAAAAUCAUUCCAAAGUUGAUUCAUCAGAAGUAUUUGAAUGCUAUGGAUGGACACUAGUCGAUGGAUUUUUGUUUCGAGGUGCAUGAUGUCAUGAAAUGUUUUUAUAGCAGCUGUAUAUAUAUAGUGAUGCCAUGGAAAAUUAUAAAUAUUUGUUUCAUGGUUUCAGUUAACCAUAACUGAAUAUUUUAUUCAUGUUCACAUUCUCUGGUAAGCAAAUGUGAUGGAAUGCUGUGCAUUAAUGACAUUAACUGCUAAAAUGUGUGUUUGGUUUUUAUGGUAUGAAAUAAUUUGUAUUGUCUGAACUUAUUUUUUAUUCUGUCAUAUGGUUUUUAGUCUGUACAUCUGAGCAUGAUGUAAAGUAUUGAUGUCAGGUUCGUUGAAUAUAACCUAAUGCAGAGUAUGACAAAUAUUUUUAAAAAUCACUAGCCACAGGGCUAGUGGGUUUGUGAAAACCACUAGCCCACCAAGAUAAAGCACUAGCCCAAAUUCCUGAUCAAUUAUAGUUGGAUUUUUAUAUAA